AUGCCGGCACUAACAAGAAGCCCGAGCUCGUCUUCUGGGUCUUCUUACGAUGAGCGCCCUACGGCAAGCCAUGAACUUCCAACUCCAGACACCGCAGCGUCAAGUGCCUCCUCCUCAAUGGGGGCGGAUGAAUAUCCAGCCCUAUCUUUCCCCGGAUACGCUGAAAAGCCUCUUGAUGAGCAGCUGGAGCCGAUCGCCGUUAUUGGCAUGGGCUGUCGACUUCCCGGAGAUGUAAAUUCUCCCUCGGAGUUCUGGAACCUGAUGAUGGAGAAGCGCUCAGGCCAGACGCCCAAGGUUCCUAAGUCGCGGUUCAAUAUCGAUGCGCACAUACACGAGAACAACGACCGCCCCGGCAGUUUUGCCGUGCUUGGUGGCUACUUCCUGAACGGCGAGCUCUCGGACUUCGACCCUGGCUUAUUUGGUAUCACGCCUGUCGAAGCCAUGUGGAUGGACCCCCAACAGCGCAAACUCCUCGAAGUCGUGUACGAAGCUCUUGAGUCUGGAGGCAUCUCGCUUGAGAAAAUUUCGGGAACCCGUACUGCUGUCUUCGCCGCUAGCUUCACGGCUGACUGGCAGCAAAUGGCGUUCAAGGAGCCCUCCUUCCGCCAUAGCCUAGCCGCGACUGGCGUAGAUCCUGGCCUUAUUAGCAAUCGUAUUAGUCACGUCUUCAACCUCAAUGGCCCUAGUAUCAUGUGUAACACAGCGUGCUCCUCAUCCGUAUAUGCCUUACACAACGCGUGCAACGCAUUACGAAAUCGGGAGGCCGAAGGAGCCAUUGUUGGUGGCGUUAACCUAAUUAUCACCGUGGACCAGCACAUGAACACUGCCAAGCUUGGUGUUCUUUCACCUACCUCGACUUGUCACACAUUCAAUGCAGAUGCAGAUGGGUACGGUCGGGCGGAUGCAGUCGGCGCCGUUUAUCUUAAGCGCCUUUCUGAUGCUAUCCGGGAUGGCGAUCCGAUCCGCGGCGUUAUCCGGUCUACCGCCACCAACUCGAACGGCAAAGUCCCUGCCGCCGGUAUAACACACCCCAACCGCGAAGGCCAAAUGAAUGUUAUUACGGCGGCCUAUAAGAGAGGAGGUGAUCUUGACCCUCGUUUAACCGGAUAUUUCGAAUGCCACGGAACCGGCACCGCAGUUGGAGAUCCGCUUGAGGUUAACGCUGUGGCUAUGGCUAUGAAUAAGAACCGUCAGCCAGGCGAAGAGCCUCUUUUAAUUGGAGCAGUAAAGCCAAACAUAGGUCAUAGUGAAGCCGCGUCGGGUCUUUCCGCCUUGAUCAAGGGUAUCAUGAUCGUGGAACGGGGACUCAUUCCGGCAAUCCGUGGAGUCACUGACCCUAGCCCUGCCAUCAUGUGGGACGAAUGGAAGGUUAAAGUACCCACUAAGGCUGUUCCAUUCCCUAGAGAGCUUCCUGUGCGUCGCGUGUCGAUUAAUAGCUUUGGGUAUGGGGGAACAAACGCCCACAUCAUCGUUGAGGACACCCAAUCUUUAACGAAACACGCACCAAGGUACACAUAUCUGGACAGUUGGACUCAGAAGCAACGGUUUGUUGGCCGGCGCCGAGCCGUGGAGCGUAAACGUUCUUUCCUUCUCCCCUUUUCGGCCCACGACAAGGCCACUCUUCGCCGCAACAUCGAUGCUCACGGAAAGGUUGCUGCCAAGUACAAUUUACUCGAUCUCUCAUACACGCUUAGUAACAGACGCAGUUCUUUACCAAGCAAAGCCUAUGCCGUCGCUAGUUAUAACAGCUUAAAUAGUGUGUUCAAUAGCGUAAGCGAGAAUUUCACCUUCGCGGACAAAAAGAGUAUCCGUUCUGUUGGCUUCGUCUUCACUGGCCAGGGGGCUCAGUGGGCCCGUAUGGGCGCUGAGUUGAUGGUAUAUUGUCCCCACUUUCUGCAUUCGAUACGUGCCCUUGAUCUUGUGCUUGAAGAGCUAAACGACGGUCCGGAGUGGUCUAUCGAGGACGUCCUACUUGAACAAGCGGACACGUCGCCAGUGAACGAUGCGGAGUUUUCCCAGCCGCUGUGCACGGCUAUUCAGAUUGCCGUGGUGCAAUUACUCGAAUAUUGGGGCAUCUGUCCUACGGUUACCGUGGGCCACUCAUCAGGUGAAAUUGCAGCUGCUUACGCGGCGGGAUUGAUCUCAUCUGACGAGGCCAUCAUCGCCGCCUAUUAUCGGGGUCAGGUUGCUAAGGAUAUGAGUACUGGAGGAGCUAUGAUGGCUGUCGGCCUUGGUGCGGAAGCAGUUGAGCCCUACCUCACAAAGUUCAAGGGCAAGGUUGGUGUCGCGUGUCAUAACUCUCCGUCGCUAGUAACACUAUCUGGGGACAAUGACGCUAUUGAGGCUGUCAAGGUUGAUCUCGAUGGCGACGGCGUUUUCGCUCGCCCCGUAAAGACCAACGGAAAGGCAUAUCACUCACAUCAUAUCGAUCCCGUAGCCCAGAAAUACGAAGCACUCCUUCGCGCGGCGAAAAAGUCACAGAAUUUCAGUCUACCCCUCUCAACGACUGCGAAGAUGGUGUCUUCUGUCACAAAUUCUAUUCUCCCUGCUGAGACCAACUUGGACGCGAGAUAUUGGACUACCAAUUUGAGAAGCCCUGUACUAUUCAAUCAGGCUGUUGGGACAAUUCUGGGAUCCGAGCAAUUCGCAGAUGUCGAUUUAUUCAUCGAAGUCGGUCCUCACUCGGCCAUGGCUAGUUCCAUUAAGCAAAUCAAGGCGAAGGCGAAGGCCGAAAAUAUUGAGUAUAUCCCAACGUUACUAAGAGGCAACGAUUGUGCCGCCCAACUCUUGAAGGUUGCCGGUGAGAUGUUCCUUCGAAACUACCCAGUUGACAUGGAGAAGGUGAGCAGUGCUUAUAUUGAAGCGGCGUCGGCCGACGGGAAGAUGGUGAAAGGUUCAACAAUCGUAGAUCUUCCUUCGUACCAAUGGAAUUAUACUCGAUCGUUCUGGGCCGAGAGCCGCAGCAGUCGAGAACAGCGACAGCCCAAAUUUCCCCGACAUGAUGUUCUCGGCCAGUUGGUGAUUGGGGGCUCCUUAGCGGAGCCUACUUGGCGUAAUGUCCUUCGGAUACGCGACCUUCCUUGGCUCAAACACCAUCAUCUAGGUGGUGAAUCAGUAUUCCCUGCCGCCGGUUACUUUUCCAUGGCUAUCGAGGCAAUCCGACAGAUUAAUGAGCUCAAAGAGACACCUAUCCCGAUCGAAAGCUACGCGAUACGCGACGUCUCGAUCAAGACGGCGUUAGUAACUCCAGACGAUGAUGACGGCAUCGAGAUAGUCUUGAGUAUGCGACCAUCACUGCACGGCAGCGAAUGGUGGGAUUGGAACGUGUCGUCGAUUGAUAAUGAAGGAGUUAAGAAAGACCAUAUGUCUGGUUCUAUUGGAAUUAAUACCCGCCCUCGUGGGAAGACGCCGCGUAAAAUUCCGGAUUUUCCGCAGCGCGCAACGGGGAAAGCUUGGAACCAGGCGCUUAGAGAAGUUGGUUUUGAUUAUGGGGAGACAUUUCAAGAUAUGGACGACAUUCGCUUCGAUGGUAAGCGAUACCAGGCCGCUUGCGCUACCAAUAUUAAGCAAGUCGUCAUGAAGAGUCUCGGCGAAUCACGAUAUGUACUUCAUCCCGCGUGCAUUGACUCGACACUACAGCUUUGCAUUGCGGCCAUCUAUGCCGGUCGUACUAAUGCUAUCGACUGUGGUGUUGUGCCUGUAUCUGUUGAUGAGGUGGUUAUCUGGCCGCCGACCGAGAAGCAACUAAAAGCCGAGAAGGCGAAUGCUUACGCCGUUGUGCACCGCCGCGGUAUCCGAACUUCAGAAAGCACAGUACAAUUGACAGCCCAGGAUGGCGAGAUGGUCAUGGAGAUCACCAACAUGCGGGCAACCGCCUAUGAGGCCGCAGUACCCCAGAAGGCCGAGAGCGCACUUGAAGAUGCUCCUUACGGCGAGAUGACUUGGGACCUUGACUUUGAUACUGCCGAAAACAGGAGUGGUUUGACCACAUCCGACCUAAUGAAUUUAGCAUUGUUCAAAUACCCCAACGCUAAAGUAAUUGAGUUAGGAGCAAUGUAUGCUCCUAAAAUUCUCGCCAAGAAUCCUCGGGCUCAAUAUACUAUUAUUGUGUCCUCAGAUGAAGAAGCCAAGACAGCUGAUAUCAUCAUAUCUGGAUAUCACAACGCUAAAGUUAUUACGGUCCAGUCCUCUGAGGGAACCGAGUUGCAGAAUUUAAAGGAGGGAUCAUACGACAUUAUGAUCGCUAGCCAGGAAGAGCAGCUAACACCUCAGUUACGGCGCCUGCUUGGCCAUGGCGCAAAUGUUAUCAACUCCGAAAUCACCAUUACCACGGCCAAUAGCGAAAUAUCCGAAUACGGCAGCCGCUCGGUGCAGCUGGUAUACCGCAAUAGCGAAAGUCCCGCAAUUUCGAAGGUCAAGACUGCACUCGAGUCUCUUUCCUGGAAUAUUGACGUUAUUAGUUUAGAUGCUUCUCUCGAAUUAUCCAUUUCUGAGCAUGUCGUCAUGCUUGCUGAUUUCGAGGGCCCUCUCCUUUUCGAUUGCAACGAGCAGGAAUUUUCCGCGGUUCAGAAUAUCAUAGCCAAGACCUCCUCGCUCCUAUGGGUUAGUAUUGGUGGACUAACAGAGGGAAAGAAACCGGAAUAUGCUAUGGUAUCCGGUCUUGCUCGCACCGUUACGUCCGAGCAAGCUUCGCUUGACUUCCGCGUUCUUGACAUUGACGUCGAUAACACUAGCCUGGAAGCAAUUGCCAAGUCAGUUACCAAUGUUGCGUUACUCCAAGCAACUAAAUCCGAAAAGCUGCCAGAGCGGGAAUUCUCUAUCUCUAAUGGGAAGACCUACAUUAGUCGUCUCCUUCGCCAAGAUGAUUUGAACAGCAUAUUCAGGAACAGUGGCAAAGCUGAGCCUGAGAACUUCCAUGUUAAUGACCGUAUCUCAGGUAGAAUCUUAAAAAGCAAAGUCGUGUUCCAACGCGAAGCAGCUACCGAUGACAUCCAACAAGGCCAUGUCGAAAUCGAGGUCCUAAGUAGCGGUCUGACGAAAGAAGGGGUUCUGGCCAUAUCUGGCUCAGAUUACGCGACUACAUUCAGCCACGAAAUCGGCGGCAUUGUGAAGAGAGUAGGAGCGGGAGUUCCUGGUCUCGAGGCUGGUGAUAAAGUGGUAGGAUUCAACGUUGGCUACUUUAAUAGUUACCAACAAGUUCCAGCUCCCAUGCUGCAGAAAAUCAGAAACGAUGAAGAUAUUGAUGGGUGUGUCAGCACCCUGAUGGCCUACGCUACGGCUUUGCACGGCCUCGAGACCCUCGCUUCCGUGAGAAAAGGGGAGAAUGUCUUAGUUCUGAGCAAUUCGGGUUUCGCUGGUGCCGCUGCUAUCAAAAUCGCACAGCUUAAGAACGCCAUUCCCUAUGUUGUCGUACAGACUGACGACGAGUUUGAAUUCAUCCGAAAUCAGCUUGGCGUUGAUGCUAGUCAUAUCCUGAAAGCGUCCGGAGGCCUUGUCUCCGAACGUCUAGAAGGCCUGACUAACGGCCACGGGGCUGAUAUUGUGUUCAGCGCCGGGAGCGUCGAUAGCGGAAUGGCGCAUGAAGCAUGGCGAUGCAUCGCCUCGUUCGGACGGUUCCUCGACAGUGGUCGCAAAGUUAACCUCAGCCGAAACGUCCUUGACGGUAUCCCAGUCCACCGCAGCGCCAGCUACAUACCAUUCGACAUUCUCGAAGUCUAUCAAUCUCGGCCAGGACAGUUGUCUGAGUUGUUGCCGACCAUCGUCGGUCUAUGGGAGCGCCGGUUAAUCGUUUCUCCUGGAAAGAUCAAGCCUGUAAAUCUCGCUGGUCUCGACAAGGCAGUAUCUGCUUUCUCUGACGUUUUUGGUGCCGCCAAAUCUGUUGUCCAAUUUCAGGAAUCCGAAGCGCCUAUCCAAAUCAUGCAAUCGCGGCCUGAGCUCCAGUUUAGUCCCGACGCGUCAUAUCUGCUUGUUGGAUGUCUAGGGGGUCUUGGACGUAGUCUUACUUCGUGGAUGGUGGAGUCUGGGGCUCGUAGGUUCACUUUCCUCUCUCGCUCAGGUGCGGAUUCAAAGUCUGCUGCGCAGCUUGUUAGGGAUCUCGAAGCCACCGGUGCAUUCGUCCAGAUUGUCCGCGGAGACGUCACAUCUCGCGAAGAUGUGCUACGCGCCGUUAACGGUAUCUCAACGAAGUAUCCGAUUAAAGGUGUCGUCCAUGCAGCUAUGGUAUUAAGGGAUGGCCUCUUCCACUCGAUGGAGUAUAAAGCAUGGAAGCAAUCCACCAAGCCGAAGGUCAUUGGUGCCAUGAAUCUUCAUUCGGUCCUAGCGGGCAAAUCUCUGGAUUUCUUCAUCAUGACCAGCUCCGUUUCCGGCAUUCUCGGCACGCCAGGCCAGAGUAACUACGCGGCUGCCAAUGCGUACCUUGACUCGCUCGCAAGACAUCGCCUGACCCAUAAUAAUGUUGCAACCUCCAUCGUUUUACCUAUGAUUUUGGGUGUCGGGGUUGUUGCCGAGAAUGCUGAAUUAGAAGAUGCCCUCAAACGCAAAGGGAUGUAUGGGAUUGACGAAGAGCAUCUUCUCCAGUCCUUUGAGGCUGCUAUGAUCUCGAGCAAUCUAAGACGAGUCCCUGACCACGUGGCCCCAGGUCUCGACCCUGCCAGGCUUCAAAAGGCCGUUAAUGAUACAGCUUCUACCGACAGUUUCUGGCUUGAAGAUGCCCGCUUUAGUCAUGUCGUUCACGCCAUUAGUUCUUCGGCUGACGACACUACCGGAGGAGCAGGUAGUCAAAGCAUCCUAGCAACCAUUAAGGCAGCCAGUUCCGCCGACGAAGCAAUUUCAGCUGUUAACGAACACUUCAUCGACAAGCUAGCACGCAUGCUGAUGCUUGACGCUGAAGAUAUUAAUCCUGAUGCUGGAUCCAUCGCUUCUUAUGGUAUUGAUUCAAUGAUCGGUGCUGAGCUGCGCAAUUGGAUAUUCAAGGAGUAUCGCAUGGACGUUCCCUUCCAACAGCUCCUCGGACCUACUCUCACUAUUACCAAGUUUGCUACACAGGUAUGCGCAGCCCAGGGCGUUGGUACUUGA